CCUGUACUGUGCACACACACAGUGUGGUGUUGUCAUGACAACCGUAUCAACAAUAACUACAGCAUUAGUGUGAUAUAACGAAGCCAUCAGGUCGAGCUGCAGAUGCGAUCAUCUUUCUGUGAUCCCACGAUUUAAUCAGAUAUACCCGACAUUUCAGGUAUCAUGAACACCCAGGACAGUCCAGUAAAAGUAUAUGUACGCAUCCGUCCCACAGCCAGUUUUGCACAUGAGCUUAUUGAAUGUCUUCCUGACCAUCAGACUCUGAGUGUACGGUCAAAGAAAGACUUCAAGAGAUUACGGAGCAAUAAUCAGAUAAACUCCAGAUUGUUUAAACUUGAUGGGGUGCUGCACAAUUUGUCACAGGAAGAAGUUUAUGAUUAUGUUGCCCAGAGCGUUGUGCUUGGAGCCUUUCAAGGCUACAAUGGUACAAUUUUGUGCUUUGGGCAAACUGGAGCAGGUAAAACAUACACCAUGACAGGAGCUGCGGAGGCUUACAGACAGAGAGGCAUCAUUCCUCGUGCUCUACAGCAGGUCUUCCAUGAGGUGGAGCAACGUACAGACCAUACCUUCUCUGUGCACCUCUCCUUUCUAGAAAUCUACAAUGAGACUAUGGUGGACCUUUUGUCGACCUUAAAGCGGGGAAAAGGUGGGAGUGGGGUCUUAACUGUGGUAGAAGAACCAGGGGGUGGAGUCUCAAUUAAAGGGCUGACUUUACAUCUGGUUCACAAUGAAGAGGAGGCUCUUAGUCUGCUUUUUGAGGGGGAGAUGAACAGAAUAAUUGGAGAACAUGCCCUUAAUAAAAAUUCCUCCAGGUCUCAUUGCAUAUUUACAGUUUACAUUGAGUCACGGUCACGCACGCUGUCAGAUGCAAAAUACAUCACCUCUAAACUGAACCUGGUGGACCUGGCUGGAUCUGAAAGACUCAGCAAAACUGGGUCAGAGGGACAAGUCCAAAGAGAGGCCAUGUAUAUCAACAAAUCCCUGUCUUUUUUGGAACAGGUUAUCUUGGCUCUAGCCGAUAGCCACAGAGAACAUGUUCCCUUCAGACAAAGCAAACUAACUCAUGCUCUUAAAGACUCACUUGGAGGAAACUGUAACACUGUUCUGGUGGCUAACAUAUAUGGUGAAGCAUCACAAAUUGAAGAGACGAUUUCAACACUUCGCUUUGCCUCCAGAAUGAAAUGUGUACAGACAAAGCCAUCAAUAAAUGAACAUAUCGACCCUGUGCUUCAGGUGAAAAAACUUCAGAAAGAAAUCCAGUUUCUUAAAGAGGAGCUGUCCAUGUAUAACACACCGACUAAUCGUGUCAGAGUUUUCAAUGAGAUUCUGUCAGAGACGCAGAUGGCAGAAGUAAAGAGUCAAGUGAAGAAUCAGGUGCAGAGUUACCUGUCUGGCUCUCUGGAUGAGAUUCCGAUUGUGAAUGCUAUUCAGAUCCAAGAAGUGUUUGCUCAAUUCAGAAAAGUUGUGCUGGAGAAAGAAGAAAAAUUGAAAGAGCAUCUGCGUCUGAGAAAUACUACAGCAGAGAAAGCCUUAGACACAACACCAUCUGCUGCUGCAGAAAUGUUGGGAUCUGCAUCUACUGUAGGAGAGGUGGACAGAGGCGGAUAUGGGCUUGGUUUAGCCGACUCUUCACAGAGGCAUCGACAAGCUGUGUCACCUAAAACAACUAAACGCAAACAUAUAAGCAGAAAGGAAGAAGCACUGAACCUGGCACCAAUGGAAACUACUACCGUAGAAGCUGAACAGCCAUUAAAUCUGAGUGAUUCAGACUUGGUCACGCAUGAAUACCAACAGCAUGUUUCUGAAGAUCACCACAGAACUGACUCUCCUCCUCCUCCUAAGGCGGAAGCAUUUGAGGAUUUCAAAGCAGAAAAGGGAAGUGAGAUUAAUCGUAUACUAAAAGAAAACAAAGCUGUGCUGUUGGAGCGCAGGUCCCAGUUACGCUCUCUUACUGAUGUCAUCAAUGUUACUAAACGGGAUAUGGAUUACAUUGCUUCUGAAUUACAACAAUUCAGAGAACAAAGACAAAACCAGGGACAGUUUGUGAAUGCAGAGGGUGAACCUGUGCUCGAGGAGGCAGAACUGUCUCUAGUGAUGCAGCUGAAGGAGUUAAAGAGCCGUUACAGAAAAGCUUACGAGGACCACACCAGCAUUAAAGCUGAAGUCAGCUACUGUCAGCAACUGGUGAAUCAGUGUCGGGUACGGCUACUAACAGAGUUUGAGAGCUGGUACAAUGAGUCUUUCCUGUUGCCGGAUCAAGUGUUGUCCAUCUUAGACCAUGGACCAAUUAGACCAGGACGUGUACCCGUAGACAUAGCUUUAAAUCUGGAUGAUGAACAACAGUCAUUUGAGCAUCUCGGUGACAAUCUUCAAGAAAGUCCCAGUGCUGUAUCAUUUCAUAAUGCUUAUAACAAAACUCUCCAGAGGAGAGGAAAGCAUUAGGACAGCAAAAUCUAUGGACUUUAUACUUCCUUUGCGAUCUGAAUGCUGUGUGUGCUUUGUACAACAUUGUCAGAUUUGUGUCAUUAAAUUUGCAUCCAAUAUUGUUCAGCACUGAUGCAAGGAAACACACAUACACUAUAUCUAUAAAACAGUUUGGAUUAAUUGCUGAAAAUACAUGUUUGCUUGAACUGAA